AUGUCAAUACCUACCACCAAUGUGGAACACACUUUUCACAUUGGUCAACAGAUCGCUAACAGACUAGCUCUCGACGACAACAAUAUUGAUGUGGGUCGUCUACCUGCUCACAAGGUGAACGUGAUCACUCCGUACAGACCUACAGUGAACAAGGAGGGUUAUGAAGCAGAGAGGCCUGUUCCAAAUAGGCUCAUGAGUUAUAUGAAGUCCAAGGAGAUUAGAAGAGCGUAUAGACGUACACGCGAGACACUAGAACCAAUGUCUCAAACCCCGUUACGCAUAGGAACAGUCGAUGAAGAAGAGAGGACUGAGGACACAUCAAGGCCUCAAGCAGAGGGAGAGACGGUGAGAGCAGGUGAAGAGAAGAUGAGAGCAGAGGAAGAGAGGGUGCGAGUAGAGCAAGAGCGAGCGAAAGAACGGAAAAAACAAGAGGCGAUGAAAAAGAGAACUGAGAGGGAGAAAAAUAAAAAGGAUGAAGUCGAGCGAGCAGAGCAAGAGAGAUUGGCUGAGCUUGCUCGUGCUAGAGCAGAGGAGGAGCAAGCAGAAAAAGCUUGCCAAGCAGAGAUCGCUCGUUUGAGGGAAGAGGCCAAACUCAGAGCAGGGGAAGAAACUCGUCAAACCUUGGCUCACUCCUCUAGUCCAAACCAAGGGGAUGACCAAGAGCACUACGACGAUGUUGCACGGUCUUACACAACUGAGGAAAGUGAGGAGGAAGAAGAAGAAGAAGAAGAAGAAGAAGAAAGUACAGAAGCAGAGAGUGAAGAAGAAAAGAAUUCCCAACCUUGUUUAGAGCAAGGAAUAGGUGCACUUGGCUUAGAGACUCUCGACCGGUCUCUUAGUCUACUCAUGGAGAGCCCUCUGGCUGAAUCUGAACCAGCCUUGGGUACUCUCCCUGACAGAAUAGAGGUAGUGAAUUCUCCUUAG